UCUCCUCGGGAAAAACAGGAUCUCUUUCCCCGGAACAUUUUCAAACAAACUUUGCCGCUUUGAAUUACUACCGAAGCGCAAGACUUUUAGCAUAGCAAAAAAAAAGUUUGAAUGGUCUCAAAUGAUUGAGUGUGCUCCGAACCAGUAGACGUCUCAGUGGAGACUCUUAGGAUUAAUCAGUUUUUCCUCUGACGUCAUAGUGUGCCGGAAAUAUUAUUUGAAAUGAGAAUUGUGCUUGGAAUACUGCAACAAAAAUCCUGGAUUUUUCUCAAAAUUGUGACGUUGAUGGCAGAACUUGUUGUUCAAGUAUACGGAGGAAUAAUAGGCAGCUCAACAUUCUCUGUAAUGGCCGGUGGUCGAAUUGAGCUUCCCUGUGACAUAAACACGACAUCUUCUGAAGGUGACCUCUCUUUGAUUCUGUGGCACAAAGAUCAAUCAAGGGUUCCAAUAUACAGCAUAGAUGUCAGAAAUACCUCUCUAGCCUACGCGCGCCACUUCCCCUCGCUAAACAUUAGCACAAAGAGCUAUUUUAAUGUCAGUGAUAAUCCUGCCGUUCUGAGCUUAGAAAGACUAGAAAAAACUGAUGAAGGCCUCUAUAGAUGUAGAGUAGAAUAUAAGAGAUCCCGUACAGAAACUUCCGAAUCUCUGCUCAAAGUCCUGGUUCCUCCUAAGGAAGCAAUCAUAAUGGAUGAAUAUGGACAACAUUUGCACGGAAUGAUAGGACCAUACAAUGAAGGAUUUCCUUUAGCUCUAGCAUGUGAAGGAGAAGGAGGUGAUCCAUCACCAGCUGUUCGUUGGUGGAGAGAUGCAGAGCUCCUUGAUGACUCAUACUACAUCACUCCGCAAGGAUUUGCAAGAAAUGAAUUACUGCUGUCAAGUCUAAGGAGAACAGAUCUUCUAACAAAGCUCACGUGUCAAGUCUCAAACUCAAACCUCACAGAGCCUGUUACCAGUUCAGUCAUCAUAGACAUGAACCUGAAACCUACCGAUGUGAGGAUUACAAGCAUGUACAGACCAAUAUCGGUGGAGCGUUUUACGGAAAUUGUGUGCGUAGCCAGUGGUGCAAGGCCUCCUGCUCAAAUUUCUUGGUGGCUAGAUGGAGAGAAAUUGACUUCACGAAUUACAGAAAGUACUGUUCGUGAUGAAAACUUGACAGUUAGCAGUCUGUUAUUUGGUCCCACCAAGCAUGACAAUCAGAGAAAUUUGUCUUGUAGGGGUGACAAUCCUCAAGUACCAGAUAGUGUUUUGGAGGAUACGUGGAUAUUAGAUAUUCAUUUUCCACCUCAAUUAUCAGUAAAAGUUGAUAAGGAAUCUGCAAUUCAAGAGGGUGAUUCUAUCAAUAUGACAUGCGUUGUUCAAGCUAACCCACCAAUAGUAGAGCUGGAGUGGCUGAAGGACAGUCAGUCCUUAGGUCCCACAUCCAAGAAAAGUACCCGAAGCAGGAUAUUGCACAUUUCAAAUGUAACUUCAGAACAUAAGGGGCGUUAUCAAUGUGUAGCCACCAACAGUGAAGGAAAAUCUGUCAGUGAACCUGUAUUGCUCAAAGUACAAUAUGUUCCUCGUUGUGUUUCGGUCCGCAGCAGUAUUUAUGGUGUCGGGCAAACUGAAUCUGUUUCAGUUGCUUGUGAGGUAGACGCAAGUCCUUCUACAGUAUCCUUCACAUGGGCAUUAGAUGGGGCCAAAAUACUUAGUACUGAACAGUAUUCUAGCAAUGGAUCUCAUAGUGUCGCAACAAUAUCACCCAGGUCCCCCAAGGACUAUGGACUUCUGAUGUGCUGGGCUAGUAACGCAGUUGGAAGACAGAGGGAGCCAUGCACAUUUAGGAUCAUUCCUGCUGGACCACCAGAGGAGCCACGCAAUUGCCUUAUUUCCAACCGUACCACACAUUGCUUAGUAUUAGAGUGUGAAAUGGGACACGAUGGAGGGCUCACUCAACUUUUCCAGUUGGAGAUAUUUGGAACUGAUUCCGACAAGUUUUUAUCCAACGUCACCGCCCAUUCUGCUCCUAAAUUUACUGUUUGCUCUCUGCCUUCCAGAGAGUCGUUGGUGCUAAUUGUUUACUCUCUCAACAACAAGGGAAGAAGCAAGCAGAUAACUAUGCAUGUGAGCAGCACCGAAUCUAAUGAAGCAGAAGAAGAAGAUUCGGGAGCUCUGGAAGCCUUAGUUGGUGUUCUUAUUGGAGCUCUUGCUGUUUUAAUUCUUCUCGCCGCUACUGUAACGUUACUUGUGUGUCUGCAACGCAAGAAGAGAUCGAAGAAAGGAAGAGCUUAUCCAGAUGAAGAAAAAUCUGAUCCACAGUUGAGCAAAGAGUGCAAAGAGCCAUGCGUUGCCAGUAGCUAUGGACCAGACAUUAUCCCAGAAAAAAGUUUCUACAGAGAACGUUCUAGCUCUCUAAUCAAUGUGAUAGAAGUGGAGCAAGGAAUCAAUCCAUCUUCUGCUCAAAGUGAUCCAAGCUCCAGAAAGUACCGAGAAUAUGAUGCAUUCUCUUAUCCAGAGGGACCUGGGAUACAUGCGACACCUAAGAAGCUCUCAAUGCUACAAACGGAAGAAGAGAGUAAAGAGACUGACCUUCAAAGCAUAGUGGAGACACCACUUAUUUCAAGUAUACAUCCAACGUUGCAUCAAUGGCCGAAUAGUAAAAAAGAAACUACAAUAAGAAUGUCAACUCCGGUAUGAAGACACGCUUUGUAAAUGAAAGUUCCAGUGAAGGAACGACAAUAAAAACCCAAAAUAAAAGAGAUGCUUAAAAAUUGAAGUUUCAAUUCUGGAAGCAUUCAAACGCAAAAAAGAGUUGCCAUAAAAAGAAAAGAAUGUUAUCCAGGUUGAAUUACAACAGAUAGAAGUGGAAUUCCCCUUGGCGUCGAACAUUCAUUUUAACACCAAGCUUCUUUCAUAAAUCAUCUGUAGUCUGUCCAAACUGGGAGAGAAAGCCAUUGUUUACGAAUUACGACGGAAUUCACUCCCGGAAACUUAGGAAUGUCGUCAGAAAAAUAAGAAGUUUUCGUGUUAAACUUCACAAGUGGCGACAAAAUAGGCGACAACUCCGUUGAUGAAUUACAGCUUGGGAUUCAAACCAUUAGCCUGCGACAUAAAUGUCUUGGCGAUAUAUUACAAGAGUGAGA